GCCAGACACAUCGGUGUUGGAUUAAAACGACGAAGAUAAACGAACGAAAAGCACGUCUCUUCUCUUUUUCUCAAAUGGAGAUCGAACGGAAAUACUCUUACUGUGAUUUCAUAUUACGUGUGACGUUCGAAAAAUUGAGAGAACUUAUAGAAUUUUUUUCUUGUCUAUCCUGGACCUCUAAAGAGAAGAUAAUCGAAGAGAAGAUUUCUACGCUAGUGUCGCACAGAGAACGGCCGCUAUGUUCGGACCGGAGUCUUCGUGCUGUGGCGAGGGUUGGACAGGCGGUAAAUUUGGCGGUCGAAAGGUUCGUCACCGUUGGCGAGACAAUCGCCGACGACAAUCCCGAGAUCAAGCAGGACAUGUACGAGGCUUGCAAAGAGGCUCGAGUCGCUGGAUCAGCGAUAGAAAAAUUAUGCGAGUGUGCUAUGGAAGACAGUUUGGCAGAUCGAGGCUCGGUUGUCAGAGCAGCGAGAUGCCUUUUGGGUUCGGUUACGAGAGUCCUUCUUUUGGCGGACAUAGUAGUGGUGAAACAAUUGCUUUUAGCGAAGGACAAGGUAGCCCGUAGCCUUGGUCGCCUUGAGAGCGUUUCGAACUUUACGGAAUUCGUUAAAGCGUUUAGCCAAUUCGGUGCGGAAAUGGUGGAAUUGGCUCACCUCACCGGUGAUCGUCAGAACGAUCUGAAGGACGAGAGACGAAGGGCACAAAUGGCUGCUGCCCGACAAGUUUUAGAGAGAAGCACGAUGAUGCUACUCACAUCUAGCAAAACGUGCCUGAGACAUCCGGAAUGUCCCUCGGCAAGGGAGAAUAGGGACACAGUUUUCUGUCAAAUGAGAAGAGCGAUGGAUCUAAUACAUUACGUGGUCAAGGAUGGUGUCCUCGAUUGUAGCGAAUCUCAAUCUUACCCCAACUCUCAAAAUCCACAGCAAGAGGAUUGGGACAGUAGUACCGUGUGCUCAGCAUUGAAACAUUUCGAGAGGCUCGUAGAGACGACGAGGAUGACUCUAUUGGGACAAGGCUGUCGCGAAACACUGACAUCAGCCCUUGAUACCGUCGUUGAGAGAACGCAGGACUUCACCGAUAGCGCUUACACGAGUCACGAGCAUCGAGAGAAUAUCCUUCUGCUUUGCGAUCGAGCGAAACUCGAGCUGAAUACUCUCUUGCGGAUCGGUAACAGUAUGAACUUCGAAGGAGGCGGAUGUUCACCAAGCUCGGAGAUGGAACAAGCAGUAUUGGGAGUUCUUCGUGCUACUCGUGACCUUCGUCAGCAGCUUACGACGACGACGAUGGAACAAGCCGGUGACCUUGGACAGGUGACCAAAGCCGGUCAGGAAUUAGUCUCGACAAUUAGGAACCUCGCUUUGGCUAACGAAAUCGACCGACUUCAAGAGAGCAGCGACAGGUUUCACGAGUACAUCGAACAUAUUCUCGAAGUAUGCAAACUCUUGAGACACGUUGCACUUUCGGAGUCCCUACAAGUUUCCGCAAAGUUCACCGAAAUCAACCUAAGAAUUUACGGGCCUCAAGUGGUGACAGCUGCGCACACGUUAGCUAGGCAUCCUACUAGUAAAAUUGCUAAAGAAAAUUUAGAAGUUUUCGCUGAUAUGUGGCAAUGGUUGAUGACCGAUGUGACGACAGUAGCAAAAGAUGUUUUGGAGUUGAGUCAGAACCGACCGGAAAAGCAGGUGUACAUGUCCUUGCCACGGCCAGGUAAACAUGGUACGACGAGCAAGCCAUUGAAACCAGUAAGAUUGGACAGCGAGGAACAAGCAAAGAUAGCGAAGGCUGGCCUUGAGAUGAAGCUGAUCACAUCGGAGAUGGACGCUGAGACGGAAAAAUGGCAAGAGAGUGGUAGCGCAUUAGAGGAGAACAACGAUAUCGUGAAACGUGCGAAGAAUAUGUCGUCGAUGGCUUUUUCGAUGUAUCAGUUUACAAGGGGAGAGGGAGCCCUUAAAACGACACAGGAUCUUUUCACGCAAGCUGAGUAUUUUGCGGAGGAGGCGAAUAGAUUGUACAAGGUUGUGAGACAAUUUAGUUAUCAGGUACCGGGUGGACCGCACAAGAAAGAACUAUUAGAAAAUCUGGAUCGAGUGCCAACGUAUGUGCAGCAGUUGCAAUUCACCGUGAAGAACCCAACCGUUGGUAAAGCGGCGACAUUUACCAAAGUCGACAACGUUAUACAGGAGACAAAGAACUUGAUGAACGUGAUAUCGAAGGUGGUCACUACGUGCUUCGUCUGCGCCACAAAGUACAACCUGGAUUUCCGAGGUCUGUCGGCGCGCGGGGCCGGCGGCUCGCCGUACAGGGGCGGAGAGGGUGGAAGCGCCGACGGCGAGGGUGGAGGUGUCGGUGUCGACGGCAGCAAGGCGGGCUCCGCCCCCGGCAGCGAUCCGUCCGUCUGACAGUUUGGGAUGGCCCGACGGGCCAAGGGGGACGCUCGCCGCACUCGGGUCUCCUUUCUGCUUUUCUAGGAAGAGCCUCGCCUGCCCCACAAUGGAACGUA